CACUGUGAACUCGACAAGUUGAAUCCUUUGUUUAAAUGUAGCUUAAUCCUGAGAAAACAGCUAAAGUCAUAAUUUUAAAUAAACUUAUAAGUACAAUAAUAACUAAGGUGCUGUCUUAAGUAGUGGCACCAGAACUGCGUCGUCAAAUAUACGAUGCGAAAUAGAAACUCAUGAAAAAUGAUCGAGCUUACUGCGUGACCAAGAAAGUAAAACAGUAAAUAUAGAUAUCCGCGAUGUCAUUAUCUGCGGGCCAGCUGGUGCCGCAGUCCACCCGGGCACCUCCCAACAUGACCAUCAAGUUCAGCGGGCCCCACAUUGAGGGCUCCUUCUGCACCUCCAUUGAUUACAACUAUGACCCUAUCAUAAGCGUCAUUUGUGCUAUGUAUAUUGUGUUUGGGAUUGUUUACACAUUAUUUGGUUAUCGAUGUUUUAAAGCCAGCAUGUUUCUGACGGGAUUCACUUUUGGUUCGACAAUAGUGUAUUUGAUAUGUCUCCAGGAUCACCUAAUGCCGCCAUAUGGGAAUGUUUGUGUGGCAUUGUGCGCCGGGCUGUUAUUUGGCCUCAUCACCAUGCUGAUACAGUACGUGGGCCUGUUCAUGACGGGCUUCCACACGGGACUUCUGCUGGCACUUGCUGGACUUGCCGUCUACGACCAUUUUCUGGACAAUAGGCCUACUACGUAUUGGCUUUGCGUUGUGGCGUUGCUCGGUUCCGGCAUAUUCUUCGCGGUCAUCAAUUUGUACUGGAAAAAAGUUGUGACAAUUUUCGGCACGGCGGUGUACGGCGGCGCAGUGAUCGCCACGGCGCUGGACUACUUCCUCGAGAGAAUGAUGAUGCUCAAGUGGUUGUGGGCGCGCGCGAAGCUGGAGCCGGUGGUGGCGCCGCCGUGCCGCCUGUCGUGGCUGGCGCUCGCGGCCUGGCCGGUGGCCGCGCUGCUCGGCCUGUUCGCGCAGGCCGCGCUAACCGCCUCCGGCAUCUACCAUGAACAGAGUAUAGGAGCGCAGAAGCGGCGACUGAAGGCGCAGCAGACGCGGCCGGUUACACGCGAGCAGCGCGCCGAGAUGAAGCAGCGCAAGUACCGCUAUCUGUACCAGGUGCGCACUGCGCACGGCGACGUCAUAUCCCAGUCGUACGUGCAAGCGUUGCAGAAGAAGGCUCAGUGCGGCAACUGGAGCGGCGGCGGUGAGUGCAGCACGCUGCAGAGCGACUCCACGCACCUCACCGUGCUGGCGCCGUCCGAGCACGCGCCGCCCACCGACUCGGACGACGACCUCAACCAGAUCCGGCCCGCUCACUAGCCGACGGCGACGAAUGUUGGUGGCAAGCACACGAGCGAGGUGAGCAAUAAUUUCCCAUUCUAUGUAUCCAGUAUUAUUGUGAAGCACUCAUAUUUAUUAGUGGUUAUAAUUAUUAAUCGUAUUUGUAUCUAAUGUGACUUUAUUAUUGUAUUAUCAAUUACAAUUGACGUGUAUAACUCAAUUGGGGGUUCAAGAUAUUUUGACUUUGAUAAUUGUAUACCUGUUUUAACAAUAUACAUUUCGCUGACCUGACACUGCCAUAGUUUUAUGAUCAGUACGAAAAUAAAACCAAUGUAACGCAGCGACAGCGACAGUAGUUCACUUUGUUGCACAUGUAUGUAUGGUUAUGUAGGUAGGUAGGUAGGUAGAUACGUACAGCUUUGGUCGAAAGUACUGCGUGUUUUUUUAUGUAUAAUAGUAUAUCGAAAAACGUUAAAAAACUGUGUAUAUUAAUUUGCCAUUGACAAUUAAUAAUAUUUUACAGAAAAACAUCACUAUCAAUACUUUUAUCCUAGUCCCGGGACUUCCGGGUUCUUUCUUAAUUAGCUUUAAUUUGUAUUAGAAUAUGAGGUACCUUUGUAAAAUAUACUAUUGACCAAGGCUGUAUACCUAGACAUUACACUUAGAGGUGUGUUUCAAAAUGUUCCUCAUUUCAUAAUAUUCUAUUCUAUGAUAAAACUGAAUAACUGAAUAAAUUUAAUGGAGAUUUGCAGUAGUUUAACGUAACGGGCUUGAACCCCUAUUGUAAAAUAUGGUUGUGUUUGUAAGUUAUUUUCCUGAAGUGUAAUUUGAAGUGACUAAUACGAUAUAGUCGUUUGAGUAAAAGGUGCGUUCGGAUUAUUAGCUAAAUUAAUAUCAGAUAUCGAACUUCACGUUCGAAUAAGUGAGGCCUAAAUUAUUUCCACAGACAAUGUCUGAGAUGUUUAUAAUGUCGAGGCCUACUUGAACAAUAUGCUUAUGCUGAAAACUAUGCACAAAACUGCUUAACUUGAAGGUUGGCAAUCCAGAUUUUUUGAUGUUUCAUAUUUAUUACUUUAUUAUAACAAAUAUUAAGAAUCAUUUCACAUUUGUUACAAUUUUCGGCUUCGUUAAGUUAAGUUGGCAUUUCAGGAUUUUUUUUCUGAAUUGUAUGUUUAUAUAAAGAAAGCUUUAAUUUUAGUGUUUUUUUGAAAGCACAUUGCGAUUUGGAUGUGAUGAACGGGUAAACUCUUAAAAGAGUGUAGAAUAAGUAAAAGUAUGUAAUAAAAUUAUAUUUUACA